AUGAAAUCCAUCAUCCUCGCGGUUUGCCUCAUGACCCAGCUUGUCCGAAUGGAGCCACAUCUCAUUUCGGCAUCACCACCAUCUACCAUGACUCCAACCGCCGCUGCCGUAAAAAGCGAUUCUUCACUUCUCCACACAAUCGCCCCUACCAUCGCAAACACCACCGCCAUCCCUUUGGAUGAGAAUACUCUGAAAGCUUCAAUGCCACCCCUGACCAUCACUGAAUCGCAACAGGACACUCUGAAACUUGUGUUUCUCAUGUUUUUGGUCGCUUUGUUGGUCGUUGUUUAUGUUGGAUUCGUCAAGCAGAAUCGCUUAUAUUUUGGAAUCGAAACAAUUCAGCUUCGAUCACGCUCCCAUCAAAAAAUCAGACAUGAUCUCGGGGAAGAAGAGGAGAAGGAAUUUGGAACGAAAAAAUUAAUGUUUGCCUAA